AUGGUAUCGCCAGUUGGAUGGGGCUGGGGUGCGAAAACGGCCUUGUUCUACGCCGGCACGAAUCUUCUUUGCAACAUUUGGUGCUGGUUCAGACUGCCGGAGACGAAAGACCGAACUUUUGGCGAGAUCGAUCUCUUGUUUGAGAACAGGGUCCCUGCACGCAAGUUUGUGUCCACUUCGGUCGAUCAAUUCUCGGAUCAUGUUGCAUCGACCGUUCUCGUGUCGGAGAAGGAACACAUGACUGUCCGUAUCGAGGAAGCAUGA